AAUAAAAAGAAAACCAUCUCGCGCCGCCUCGCCCCUCCCCUCCCCCUCCGCCGUCGCCGUCGCCGUCGCCGCCGCCGCCGCGCCGCCUCCCCCCUUCCCGGGGGCGCCUCCACUCCACCACCUGCCGCUCGACCGCCCCGCGCCUCGUCUCCACGACCCUCCCCGUCCUUCGCGCACUCCGCAGUAGCAAAAACCCUAAACCCCUGGGUGGCACGAAGCUUGUACGCGGCUUCGGCGGCGGGCAGCGGCGGCAAUGGCGAAGGUCGCUGUCGGCCAGUGGGUACCCCAUGUGGAGGCCUUCGUCGACGUCUCCCGGCCCCCGGCCCAACACUCUGCCAGUGUGGAUGCCCUUUCUGCCUUGGUGAAUAAGGACAAGCUGACUCUCUUUGUUUUGGUGUCAAAGAUGGAGAUGUACUUGACGACGACUGACCACAUUGUUAGAUCCAGAGGAAUCUUGCUUCUUGGGGAAAUAUUGUGUCGAAUUUCAUUUAAACAGUUAGAUGUUAAUGCUAUUUCAACAUUGUCAGACUUCUUUAUAUCAAGAUUGUCAGAUUGGCAAGCACUUCGAGGAGCACUUGUUGGAUGUUUGGCCUUGUUGCACAGAAAACGAACUGUUGGUAGUAUCAUCAUUGCUGAUGUCAAAAGACUUCUCGAGACUUUCUUGCAGAAUGUUCAAGUCCAGUCACUUGCAGCUGCUGACCGCAAGCUAUGCUUUCAAAUUCUGAACUACAUACUGGAUCACUACCCUGAGGCUGUCAAAACAAUGGGUGAUGAGCUUCUGUACGGAAUGUGUGAAGCAAUUGAUGAAGAAAAGGACCCGGAAUGCUUGAAGCUUUCAUUUAAUUUGGUCGAAGCUGUCAUGAAGCUAUUUCCAGAUCCAUCUGGUUUGGCAGCACAAUAUGCAAGCGAAGUUUUUGAGAUUCUGAGUAAAUAUUAUCCGAUCUACUUCACACAUGGAGUGGGUGAUGAUUUAGAUGCUACAAGGGAUGAUCUUUCUAAGGCACUAAUGCAUGCCUUUUGUUCAACCCCAUACUUUGAGCCAUUUGCAAUUCCUUUGCUUCUAGAUAAACUUUCUUCCUCUCUUCCAUUAGCCAAGCUUGAUUCUUUAAAAUAUCUGGAUAAUUGCAUCCGCUGCUAUGGUGCAGACAGAAUGGGUAGACAUGUAAUCACUAUUUGGUUUAAGUUGAAAGAAGUGAUAUUUAGCCUGUCCAUAGACCAAAUUUUAUCAACCUCAGGGGCUAAAGACAUGGAGAAGAAUAAGAAUGAAAUAGUAUCAGAAGCUCUCACUUGUUUGAAGACAGCUAUUAUUCAAAUGGGUCCUUCAGAUGAAGAUCGUUUGAUCAAUUUAAUUUUACUGGAUGAGGACAUUGUAAGUAGCAUCCAUUCUGUGGCAAGUGAAGAAGCCUCUGGUUUGACUUCAUUGCAAAACCCGAUUCAACUGCAUGCCCUUGGAAGUGUCAUUUCUAUUCUUGCUGAAUCAUCUGCAUAUUUCUGCACUAGAGUUCUUCAAGCGCAUUUUGCACGCUUGGUAGAUAGUUUGGAAAUCUCAGCUGGUCGUGAAUCUCAGCACUUGAAUAAUUGCAGUGGACCAUCUUCUGGUGCUAUUAACUAUGGUGCACUCUAUUUAUCUGUCCAAAUGCUUUCAUCCUGUCGAGAGGUGGCCUUGACAUAUAAAGAGGAAUUUUCUCCAAUUAAAUCAGCAAAGGAGUCUUGGUGGCUUAUCUUAGAGAAAAAAUUGGACUCACUAAUCCAUAUUCUUCAAUCAUUACUAACCAUUGAUUCUCAAUUUGUCCAGUCAGCAGACAGGCAAGAAUAUGUUUUGUGUGCUGUGAAGGGUUUGAUAAUCCUUGCAACUUUCCCGGAACCCCGUUUACCUCUAUCGGCUAGUGCAUAUGAGGAUGUUCUGCUGACGCUUACUUCAGUAAUUAUGAGCAAGUAUGAAAAUAUGCAUUUGUGGAGAUUAUCAUUGAAAGCAUUGACCACCAUUGGCUCGUCUAUUGUGGAGUUUCAUGCUUCUCAAAAGGAAAAUAUUUAUAACAAAGUUGUUGACAAGAUUAGUUCUCUGGAUGAGCCUUGUCGAACUUCAAUACCCCUCAACCUAAGACUUGAAGCAUGUUUCGAAGUUGGUACUUCAGGUUCAAACUGCAUGUUAAGGAUUGCUAAAUCUCUUGAAGAAGCUGUUGUCGGCAAUAUUUCUGAGGUUAAUGGAAGAGUAAAAUGCAGCGAAUAUGUAGUCAAUCUUCUUGAAUGCUACUGUGGUCGGGUCCUUCCUUGGUUGUUUAAUUUUGGUGGUGUCAAUGAACUUGCUUUGAACUUCGCUAUGCGUCUCUGGAAUGAAAUUAGGGACUUGGCUACUUCAGAUAGAAUCGGAUCACAGGAUCUUCUUAGCUCACUAAUGAUGGGAAUGAAGCUUGUAAUCGGAAUCUGCACAGAGGAACAACAGUCACUGAUUGUUCAGAAAGCAUAUGACACAAUAUCAUCGAUGCUGUCUCUUCCAGUGAAAUCAAUGACAAGACAUCUUUUGGCUGUUGAUGAGGCAGUUCCUCUAUACUCUGUUCGUGAUACAUUUCUCAUGUGUAUGCUUUCAUCGGUCAUAGUUGGUCUUCGGCCUCAAACACCUGUACCAGAUAUGCUGAUGAUGAUUAAUCUCUUUACGGUCUUCCUACUGAAAGGACAAAUUCCAGCUGCCCAUGCAUUAGCUUCUAUUUUCAACAAAAACCUACACAAUUCGGAAUUCUCACAUGAGAAUAAACUGGAUAAAGUGAUUGAUACUAUUCUUGAGAGGUGUUUCUCAACAAUAUCAGUGCGAAGCAAUAUGAAGACAUCUCUCUCUUGUGCUGGCCGUUCAGAUGAUGCUAAUUGCUCAGAGAUCUUGUCUGGAAGCAUUGAAUCAAAGGACGAUAUCAUCUCUGGCUUGGCCUGGCUUGGCAAGGGAUUGCUUAUGAGAGGAGAUGAAAAGGUGAAGGAUGUUUCACUGUUUCUUCUUAAAUGUCUAUGCUCAGAUCAGAGUUUGGCUGGCAUUUCAUCCCAUCAGGAAGAACAUGGUAUCAGUGAUUCAUCAUAUGCUUCUCUUGCAACAUCUGCAGCUGAUGCAUUCCAUGUGAUGAUGAGUGAUUCAGAAGUUUGCCUGAAUAAGAAGUUUCAUGCAAGAAUAAAACCACUAUAUAAGCAGCGUUUCUUCUCAAUAUUGAUGCCAAUUUUUCUCUCUAAAAUCAAGGAAUCUACUGUGAUGACUACAAAAUUGGUUUUGUAUCGAGCUUUUGGGCAUAUCAUUUCCAAUGCUCCAGUACCAGCAGUUAUAACAGAAGCCCAUCGGAUUCUACUUGUGAUGGUUGAUAGCAUAGCUAAAUUAAGUCAGGAUGUUAAGGAUAAAGAUCUAGUGUAUAGUAUAUUGCUCGUCUUAUCUGGAAUGCUGAUGGAUGAAAAAGGCAAAGAAUGCAUUGUGGAGAACAUCCACAUCAUUGUCAGUGUCCUUACGCAGCUCGUUUCGUAUCCUCACAUGAUGGUUGUUCGAGAGACAGCCUUACAAUGUUUAGUUGCCAUGUCUAGUCUUCCUCACUCAAAAAUUUAUCGCAUGCGACCACAGAUCCUACAAGCUGCAAUCAAGGCUCUUGAUGAUAAGAAAAGGAGAGUUCGCCAAGAGGCUGUUCGUUGUCGACAAACAUGGCAAUCAUUUGCUUAAAGAUAGUGUUUCUGCUAUGAUGGUAUCAUUCGGGUUCGGAAUUGCUUACUAGGCCAUCCUGUUGGCCGUUGAUGAGGUAGAAGAUAUCUUGAUUGGCUUGGUGUCCUGUUGCGUAAGGUGAGGACUGUACAGCUCGACGCACCUUGAAACCUGUUGUUCAUCCGGUGGCUGUUGAGUUCUGGAUUGGAGAUAUGAACCCUAGGAAACAGUGGACAAUGACUUAUGACUUGUGCCAAGAGCUUCUGGGGGACAAUCUGCUCACCUGCAUUUCAAUCCCUUUGUAGUCCCCCUUGAUCACAAAUCAUCCUCAUUCGAUGACUACAAUGCAACUUAGCUGGACGUUGCAAUCCCGUGCCCUCAAAUUUAUCGCGUGCUCCUUAACUGUGGUAGGAUAAUACUAUCAUGAUAUCACCUCAGUGAAAGAUAAGUUCAAACCAAGUUCUCUGCAUAUUUUUGCCAGUGCAGUAGCUAAAUUUUCCCUCUUUCGUUAGAUUGUAUUCUGUGCAAAUACUGUUCUUCCUGGAAUGGCUGAUCUCCCUGCCGAAUACUGUUGUAAGAGCUAAGAGACGCCUCACAUACAACGCAUCUACCAAAUUAUGUUUGCCAACAUCAUAAACAGUUGCAGCAUGUAAGCCACGUACAUUAUUAUUAUUACUGUAAUGGUUCAUAUUUACCUCAAA